CCAAUCACAGAGCCGCCUUUGCAACCCGUCCGCCUACGUGAAGGGCAGGGGCGGGGCCUUUUCUUAAAGGGCCAGUAACAGAAACGACUCGAGUUUUUCUACUCCGGCUUUUGCUGUGAGGUUUGGAGCUACUGCUCCGUUCGUGUGAACCUGAGCACUGAAGGGCCCCGCUGCCCUGCAGCAUGGGGAGAAGGGCAUGCUCGUGUACUCCAGGCCUGCUCACUCCUGAGCCCAAUGAUUUAUCAAUAAGGAAGUUAGUUUCAGCAAAAUAUCUGGUGGAGUUCCUGGAGCCAUGGCUAGCGCUGACAUCAAACCAAAAUCUAUAAGUCGUGCCAAAAAAUGGUCAGAUGAGAUAGAGAAUCUAUACAGAUUUCAGCAAGCUGGAUACAGGGAUGAAAUUGAAUAUAAACAAGUGAAGCAAGUUGAUAUGGUGGAUCGUUGGCCAGAAACAGGAUUUGUGAAGAAACUUCAGAGAAGGGACAAUACUUUCUAUUAUUACAACAAGCAAAGAGAAUGUGAAGACAAAGAAGUCCAUAAAGUGAAAGUUUAUGUGUAUUAAUUUUGUUAAUCCCAACUACACUGUUUUGUUUUUGUUUGUUGUAAGUAUGUUGCUUUAAUCUAUUUGAUGUUUAUAAAAUGUAAGGAAUUAAACAAGGUUUCUGAA